AUGAAACUUUUUGUUUUGUCCUUGCUUUGCAUCGCCCUUGCGCUGAGCGGUGCGCAGGGUCGUGCUCCUCCCACGACCAUUCUCCCGCCCCGAACUGCCGACGCGGUUGGUGCGGAGGCGGAGAGGUUGUUCAACCAACAGUACCAGCUGCCCCCAUUCCAGCGCCAUUACAAGCGAGUGAAUGUGCACAACGCAACACGUGAAGUGAGGCGGCCGCAUUACUGGGUCAAGAUGACAAUGGGACCAACACUGUGUCAAAAGGUAAUGUUUGAUGCUGUUUGUUGUUCACCAAGGGUUGUGUUGUAUACAGACAUGGCAGGACCGGGCUUCGGAAAUUGCGAAAAAUGGGCGGAAAGACCUUUUCUGGAGCAGUGCUUAGGCUCGCCCUAG